GCUUGUUUUUAUCACGUAUUUAUCCAACAAAUUGCUGCUUGGUGUGGGGAUCGCUGGUCAUAUCGAGACUCGCCCCCGACGCCACAAGUCAGCCAUGCUUCGCACCGCUUUCCGUCUGCGUACUGCCCUGCCGGCCCAGCGCCGCAUCGCCGCUUGCGUCUCGCGCAGCUUCUCCUCGUACCCGGAUCACGAGGUUAUCGGCCUGCCUUCGCUGUCCCCGACCAUGGAGACGGGCAACAUGUCCAAGUGGAACAUGAAGGAAGGUGACGCCAUCAGCGCCGGUGACAUCGUGUGCGAGAUCGAGACGGACAAGGCCGUCGUCGACUACGAAGCCACGGACGACAUGUAUCUGGCCAAGAUUCUCAUCCCGGAGGGCGCUGAGAACAUCCCUGUGGGCCAGCCCAUGAUGGAGGAGGGCAAGGAGGCGGCGGUGGCUGUGCCUAGCGAGGUUGCCGAGGCCAUCGCUAUGGUCCAGAGCGAUUCUCCGCUCGUGGCGGCCGAGGGCUUCUCAAAGCUCUCGCACGCCACGUUCAACAACCCGGUGGGGAAGGAAGCGGCAGGCGAAGCAGGAGCCAUCAAGGCAAUUGUGGACGCAAUGGAGCGCAACAUCUCCAACGGAACCGUUCAGGAAGACGGCUGCCAUGCACUGCGCAAUGUCGCAUUCCACUGCCUGCCUAACCUAGUGCUGGCUCGGGAACAAGGUGCGAUCGCUGCUGUACUCAAGGCAAUGGAGACGCACCCUGAGAACGAGGCCCUUCAAGCCGAGGGAUUAUGGGCUCUGCUAGUCUUCUGCUCCAACACGGAGGAGAACGCCGCUGUGGCCAAACCGCAUGCUUCACUGGUGCACAAGGCUGUUGCGACGUACCCGACCAACGCCGACAUCCAGAGCCGCGGUCGCUUCCUCACGGUGCUCUUUGCUUGA